AUGGCUAUCAAAAUCCCAGGGCUUCCGCCGCUGCGCCUAAAUUCACCAUAUUGGCAAAAUGUCAACAUGGGAGUCAUCAUAGGCUUAACUGUGGGCAUGUAUCAGUGUCUAAACCUACUCGGUGCUGGAGGCGGCAAGCCCAGCUCUUACGAAACUGUUCAAAUCGUCAAUAGCACUCUUUGUGCUGUUUGGUUCUUCUCCUCGGCCUUUGCUAGGACCGUUCUCAAUACCAUUGGGCCAGCAAUAUCUGCCUGCAUUGGCAUCAUUGGUUUCAUUCUCUACGUCGGCGGUCUCUGGUAUUUUGAUGCCACCGGUAACAACUGGUUUCCCAUCUUCUCAGGUGUUGCAAUUGGUUUAUCAGCCGGCCUGAUCUGGGUGACUAUGGGGUCGAUCGCCAUGUCAUACUCGGAGGAAAAAGAGAGAGGUGCAUUCAUCACGAUGUCGGUCAAUCUACAAGCGGUAGGCGCAGGCGUUGGUGGGCUCAUUGUCCUCAUUAUCAAUCGCAAUCGGGUAGAUGUUGCUGGUGUCCCGACCGCAGUCUAUGCCACCCUGAUAGCCCUGAUGGGCGUCGCUUGCCUUCUGUCCUUCUUUUUGAGACCUCCUUCGAAAAUCAUUCGGGAUGAUGGCACGCAACUUUUCACCAUCAAGUCCCGUGGAUGGAAAGAAGAGUUGAAAUCCAACCUGGAGAUCUUCAAGGACUGGAAACUCAUGAUCAUGAUUCCAGCCUUUCUCCCUUCCGAAACCUUCCUGGUCUACUCGGGGUCCGUCAAUGCCUACCACAAUAAUCUACGGACGAGAUGUCUCUUGUCUUUCAUGGCUGUCGUCAUACAAGUACCAUGUGGCUAUGGAUUGCAGAAGAUCUUGGACCACAAGACCUGGCCUCGGCGCAAGAGAGCAUUCGUCGGCCUUGCGGUGGUUGGUAUCCCCCUCAUGGGCGCCUGGAUGUGGGAAAUCAUCCGCGUUCGCGACUAUAACCGCAAAAGCCCCCCGACCAAUCCCCUAGACUGGAACGAGCCAAGAUUCGGACCUAUCUUCGUUCUGUUUGUUCUCACCUGGGUUUCUAGUGUCUUGUUCCAGUACAUUACGCUCUAUUUCCUGAGUGCCCUGACGAACUCACCCCGCAAGUCCGCCGUCUAUGCUGGCGUAUACAGAAGUUUCCUGGCUGCCGGAGAAGCUAUAUGUUUUGGGGUUGACUCGAUCGGCGUCCCCUACAUCAAGGAGGCCGGGGUGAUUUUCACGUUUUAUGCUACAGGAAUCCUAGUCUUCGUUUAUUUGGCAGCAUAUCAUAUCAAAGAGACCGAAUACUUUGUGGGAGAGGAAGGGGUGGUCAUCCCGCAGCAUGUCAUCGAAGAGAACCCUGACAAGGCAGCCGCUGCAGAUAUUGACAUGACAUUUACAAAGGCAGAAAGGGAUAUCUGUCAGCAAAGAGACACCAAGACAGGCGCCAGCCUGGAGACGACGAAUGAUGGGCUAGGGUCUUGAAAGUCAAAC